CCACUGAACCCAGACGCAAGCUCUCCCCUCACUUUCAAAACUCCCAAAAUCAAAGAAGAGGAUAAAAUCCCAGCCAGCAAGCAGAGAUACGCUCCCACGCCCAUCGCAACGAUCAUCACAGCGCUCGUAAGAAUGGAACAUCAGAUUUUGGAUCCAAUGAGGGUUUAAUACGAUUAUCGGGUUUGUGCAAAUUGAGACGAAAUGACAGCAUAUGUUGAUCAAGCUUAUCGUGGAUGGUCACAUGAGGAGAUACCUCGUCAAGACGACUCCCAGGAAAUUUCAACUUCCCAAAUACUUGAUCAUGAUUCAAUAUCAUUUGGAAGGUUUGCAUAUGAGACAUCAUCAUGGGAAAGAAGAUCAAUCUUUACCGUUAAUAAAUGUCAAGAGGAACUCGAGAAAUUCAAAAACCCUGGUUUAGUUGCAAAAAAGAAAGCUUACUUUGAAGAGCAUUACAAAAGAAUUCGAGCCGUGAAAGCUUUGCAAGAGAGCCAGCAAAUGGAAAUGACAUUGGAAUAUGGUGGUGAGAGUAGUAUUUCAAGCCAAGCUGGAGAAGAAGAAGAAACAGGAGCACAACUUGAAAAUAUUGGAGGUGCGGUAGCUGAUGAUGUUGUUCUUCACCCAGAAGAAGCUCCAAACGAAUAUCACAUGAAAGUGGUUAAAGAUUGCAGCAAAUCAAUUGAAGUUCAAAUUGCAUAUUCAGAUACAGGGUUAGUAGUGUCAGAUUCUGGUUCAUGCAGAAAUAACUUUGAAGAGUGUAAAGAGGCAGAUAACACUAUCUGUCCUCCUCAAGUGCAACACUUGGAUAUGGAUUUAACAGCACAUGAAUCAUCGUCAGUAAGCAUUGAAGAGCCUGAACAGCAAGACCUUAGUGAUGAUGAUGAUAGAGGGGUUUUAAGGGAAAAUACCAUCUCUGCCAUAAAUAUUGCACCUAAGAUAGUUUCUGGAGAAGUAAUUUCAUGUCUAACAAAUUCCAAAGUUGGAGUUGUGGAGCUCAAACCUUCUCAACGUAUGGUGCCAAAAGCUAUUCCAUCUGUUAGGAAAUACAUAGACAGUGUAUCAGUUCCUAAGCUGAAGGAACCCCCUGUUCCAGCUAGAAAUGGUCCGAAGUUGGAAAGCAAAACUAAACCAAACAUUCAAAAACCAUCGCAUGGACCCAAAUAUCCAAACAUACAGAAACCAUCACAAGGACUGAAAUAUCCAAUCCAAGAGACAACUGUGAAGUCUGGAAAUGGUGUUUCAUCGAUCAAGGCAACUGCUAAUAAAGUCUCGAGAAACUCUAAGUCUACCUUUGUUGCUUACAAUGGACCACUUACAGAAGUACGCUCCAAUGUCACCGUUCCACGUCCUUUUUCUCUUGCAACUGAUAAACGAGCUACUGUUCCUUCUGGAAGUAGAGAAGGUAAACUUAAAGUGAUCUCCAAAUCCUCAAACCAAAAAUCAUCUUCAGCAGUUAAGGGGAAGGAUGUAGUGAAUAUUCAGGGCAUUUCUAAGGGACCUGCCAUGACUGGCAGCAUGAAAAACGGAUAUUCAGAAAACAAAAGUAGUCAUGAAGAGAAAAAGAAAUCUCAGAUAUUGGAAAACCAGUCUACUAGUCUCAAGAUGAGAGGUGCUACCGUCAUAAGCAGCAGCAUGAAAAACAGAAGAUUAGAAAUCAAAAGCGGCCAUGAAGAGAAAAAGAAACCUGUGUCAUGGGAGCAGUCUACCAGUCUCAAGGGAAGAGGUGCUUGUGUACCCGGACCAGUAAAAGCAAGGUCGCUUAACCUUCCUCCGUGCGGUAAAUUUAGUUCCAAUAGUGGUGCUGAUGUUAGGUCCAAUGACAGUAUCAAAGACAAUCUACGCAAAGAGGGAAGAAAUCAAGGAAGGGUGACAGAAGUUCACAAAGCUGACACCAAAAUCUUCACCCCUCCAGUUGCAAAACUAAGAACCAAUACCGGAACAUCCAACUCUGCGGCUGCCAAAGUUAGAACCGAAAUGAAGAAGAUGGCUUCAUCUUGGACAAAUAACUCAUCAUGUAACAUGAGGAAGCCACGAUUUGGUGAACAAUCACUUGAUGGGAAGAAACCAAGACAAGAGAAGCCUCGCUGGCGAUAAGUGCAAGAUGAAGAAGCAAAUCUCAUCCAAUGGCAGGUCAUAAUUCAUGUGAAUAUAGAAGUCUCAUGUUCAUUAUUCUUGUUGUCAUAUAGGUUGUAUCUUUCUCCAAUUGAUGAACAAACUGCCCGCUGGUGGUAUUCACGUAACCCUUGUUGGGUCCAUUUGCUCUUCUGUAACAAAUAAAAGCAAAAAUGAUUAGAAAAUGUAGUUGGAUGUAGAAGGAGAACAUUUAUUCUUCCCCCUUUCAGUUUUUCCAACUGUUUUGUGGUGGUCUAAUAGCAAUAAUAGUUGAAUUCAGAAGCUUUA